ACCGUCUCAGUGCAUCGGACAAGCUGUGCCCGACAAGCCAAUGCCAAUUCUCGCUCGGAAGCCACUAUGCUCUCGAGGUUCGGCCUCGGUCUCUCUGCUCGGACCAGAGCUUGUCCACAUUGGUGACAUGCUCCCGGCAACCUAUGGAAUUCGCAGUGGUUCCCCGCGCUGUCCCGUAUGCGGAGUCAGGUCGCUUCUGGCCAUGCCCACGUACCUGACUUCGAAUCUCCUUCUCCAACUUCUUCCUCUUCUUCUGCCAAUGGUUUAGAGGCGCAGUGUUCUUCGUCGUCCUUCACUUUCUCACCAAUUUCUCCUCCUUACCAUUCCUCUCUGGACCAUCACACAUGAUGGCAUCCGUACGCGAAUUCCCCACGAUCAAGGCCGUCCGGUCGUUCGUCAUUGGCGGUGUUGGCUCUGGCGGCGAUUACCACAACGUCAAAGGCGGCCACUGGCUCAUAGACUCGGACAUCUCUACACCCUGCUCCAUCUGGGACCAGUACAAGAAGUCUCGCACCUCAUGGGGCAUCAAUGUCCUCGGCUCCUUCCUCGUCGAGAUUGAAGCCUCGGAUGGAACAAUCGGUUUCGCCACCGGCUUCGGCGGUCCUCCGGGCUGCUGGCUUGUCCACCAGCACUUUGAGCGUUUCCUCAUCGGUGCCGACCCUCGCAACACAAACCUGCUCUUCGAGCAGAUGUACCGCGCCUCCAUGUUCUACGGCCGUAAGGGCCUUCCUAUCGCCGUCAUCUCCGUCAUCGACUUAGCAAUCUGGGACCUCUUGGGCAAGCUACGCAACGAGCCCGUCUACCGUCUCAUCGGCGGCGCUGCUCGCGAGCGUCUCAACUUCUACUGCACUGGUCCAGAGCCUACGGCCGCCAAGGCGAUGGGCUUCUGGGGUGCCAAGGUGCCGUUGCCCUUCUGCCCCGCUGACGGCCAUGAGGGCAUGCGUAAGAACGUCGAGUUCCUGCGCAAGCACCGCGAGAGCGUCGGUCCCGACUUUCCCAUCAUGGUCGAUUGCUAUAUGAGUCUCAACGUCGAGUACACCAUUGAGAUUGCCGAGCGGUGCAAGGACCUUGAUAUCGGCUGGUGGGAGGAGUGUCUGUCCCCCGACGACACGGAUGGAUUUGAACAGAUCAAACGUGCGCACCCAACCAUCAAGUUCACCACCGGCGAGCACGAGUACUCGCGCUACGGUUUCCGCAAGCUCAUCGAGGGCCGCAACCUCGCCAUCAUUCAGCCCGAUGUCAUGUGGCUCGGUGGCCUGACAGAGCUGCUCAAGGUCUCGGCCAUGGCGGCUGCCUACGACAUCCCCGUCGUGCCGCAUGCCAGCGGCCCGUACAGCUACCAUUUUGUGAUUUCACAGCCCAACACUCCCUUCCAGGAGUAUCUAGCCAACUCGCCCGACGGCAAGAGCGUGUUGCCCGUGUUUGGCGAUCUCUUCCUCGACGAGCCUAUCCCGACCAAGGGGUUUCUGACGACGGCAGACCUCGACAAGCCCGGCUUCGGCCUCACCCUCAACCCAGCAGCAAGGGCCAAGCUCAUCCCUGCCGACUACCUUUUGACGCCGCCGCCGCCGCCAGGUCUCAAACCGGCCGAGACCACUACAGCAUCCGAGGAAGACAAGGGCUUGGUCGAGAAGUUAACUGAAGGUGUCAAGAGCAUGAAUACUUGAUUUUCUCGAGGUGGAAGCAGAGAAAGACAGAGGCGGAAAAGUGUAGAACUGUUGGCGUUCUAACCCUGGGAAGUUUGGGUUUGGUUUCAUUUGUUUACACUGCCUGGCUGACUGGCUGGACGUUCUACAUCGCAUGACAUCUUUAGAGAAUGACCAAACUUGACUGAUAUGCAAUGGCAUGUUGUCCGAACCAGGC